GAUAGAUUUUUUUCAGAUUUUUCCGGUUUUUCGAACAGUUGCAGUCAUUUUUCAGAAACAUCUGGCAUCUCUGAGCGAGUCAGCUGUUCAGUGUUUUGAUUGUUUUAUUCAUAUUGAUGGUGCAGUUAGAGGUGUCAGAUUUUUCAAAACUAUUAACAUAGAAUUGAUUUGAAGUAAUUUCAAUUAGAAUUCUGGAUAUAGACCUAUUCACGUACGAAUGUGUUGGGGUCACGCGUUGAGGAGAACAUAAACAAAUCGCUGUUUUGUCCCAAAGGCUACGUUUUUAAGCUGGAAAAGUAUUCAGUUGAACACUUAUCGACUGCAGUUUAGUUAGUUUGAUACUAUAAAACAGUGAAGCUCUACCUGUUUGUUGUGAUAGUUUCACAGUGAAUAACAUGAAUUUGCCUCAAAUAAAAAAGGAAUCUAUUGAAGUGACAAACGAAGCUAAUUGCAAGAUAGAAAGUAUCAUCAAAGUCGAAACAGCACGCAUAAGUGAGCAACCCCUGCUAAAGCACACCAAAGUCAGGCCUUUCGAGUGUGACGUGUGUGGGAAUCGUUUUGCCUUUCGAGGCACCCUGACCCGGCACAAGUUGGUUCAUUCCAAUGAGCGAUCUUUCAAGUGCGAGUUCUGCGACAAAACGUUCAAAGAAAAGUACAACAAGUUGAGGCACCAGAAAACCCACCUUAUAAAGAGACCCACCUUAGGGAAAAAAAAUUUCGCUUGUGACGAGUGCCCGAAAACAUUCGUUCUCUAUGAAUCACUGUUCGAUCACAAGUCCGUUCAUUCCACAAAUCAAGCUGACAAAUGCCAAAUAUGUGGGAAAAGUUACCAUAAAAAAUACCUUAAGACUCAUGUGCAAAUGCAUACUGGGAAUUAUCGCUACAAAUGCGAAAUAUGUGGAAAAGGCCUUACGUCCAGACAUCAUCUCGCAACUCACAUGAAAUUUCAUUUUGGCGAAGAGCCUUUCAAGUGCGAGAUUUGCGGUAAAGGUUGCUCCAGCAACUUUUACUUACAGGCACAUCUACGGUUGCACACAGAGCAGGAUAUGUCCGAUUGCGACAUUUGUGGUAAACGAUUUACACUGAAAAGCAGCCUGCAGAAUCACAUGGCAGUGCACACGAAUGAUCGGCCCUACCAGUGUGGCACCUGCGGGAAAGGAUUCACUACCGGUCCGCAAUUGCUGGUGCACUCACGCAUGCAUACCUGCGAACGGCCACAUAAGUGCGACAUCUGUGGCAAGUCCUACCAAAAAGCACGAUGGUUGGAAAACCAUUUGGUUGUUCACAACAGUGGAAAAGAAAUUGCGGCAACGAAAAGUAGUAAUUAAUGAAGUUUGGAUAUAAAAUUCGAAUGUUUUGUAUACGAGUUUCCAUUUAUAGGGUACAUGAGAUUUACAUGUAUAAUAGUGCUUACAUUAAAGUCAUUUUCGUCAGUUGUCACUGUACACACACUUGUCACUGUACACCAUCCAUUGUAGCCUUGUUCAGUUUUGUUGGUUUCGCAGGGAAGCCAUUUCCGACCAUAGUUUUCCAUAGCUGUAGAUAGUAUCGGAAGCGGCAUUGAAUUUUUAGUCCUACGUCAAACCGUGCCUUUUUGCAAUUAGAAACAUAUCCUCAUACUUUUUCUCCUGUUAAUGUUUCAUAUUCAUUUGAAACCGAAUGGCACCAGUUUCCAUUUACAGUGUACAUAGCGCACAACCAUACACUCUGAAAAAUAGGCACGUAAAAUCCACCUGAAAAAUCACGUAAGUGACUGACCUAAAGAAAAUCUGGCAUUUUACGUGAGAUUAGUAACUUUCACCUGAACUUCACGUACGAUUCACUGUCAAUUCACGUACAAUCUGUCAAAUUAUAAUGCGCGUUGGUAUCUGUGUGUUUUGACUCUGU